GCUGCACCUAGGAGGAAGGCGGAAAGCAGCCGCCCGCGGUGGUAUGUCCCCCGCGGGGGCGAAGGGUAGGUGGCCGCAGGGCUGAGUCGGGCCGCGCGGACCGAGCUCCUGGCUCGGGCAGGUCCCUGACCCAAGGCAGCCAUGAGCCUGGUGGCCUGUGAGUGCCCUCCUGGCCCUGGCCUGGAGCCUGAGCCCUGCUCUCGAGCACGGUCCCAGGCUCGCGUGUACCUGGAGCAGAUUCGCAACCGGGUGGCUCCGGGGGCACCUGACAUGACUAAGCACGACUACCUGGUGGAUGCAGCCACUCAGAUCCGGCUGGCCUUGGAGCGCGACGUCAGUGAGGACUACGAGGCCGCCUUCAACCACUACCAGAACGGCGUGGAUGUUCUCCUCCAAGGCAUGCACGUCGACCCCAACAAGGAGAGGUGUGAGGCUGUCAAACUGAAGAUAACCAAGUACCUGCGGCGGGCGGAGGAGAUCUUUAAUUGCCACCUGCAGAGGACGCUGGGCAGCGGAGCCAGCCCUGAUGAGGGUUUCAGCAGCCUGAGGCUCCGGCCCAUCCGCACGCUGAGCUCUGCCCUGGAGCAGCUGAGGGGCUGCAAGGUGGUCGGGGUCAUCGAGAAGGUACAGCUGGUCCAGGACCUAGCGACUGGAGGGACCUUCGUGGUGAAGGGCCUGUCCAGGUGCCACGUGGCGAGCCGGGAGCGGCUGACCAUCAUCCCACACGGCGUCCCCUACAUGACCCAGCUGCUGCGGUACUUUGUGACUGAUGACUCCAUCUUCCUGCACCUGGAGCACGUGAAAGGAGGUACGCUCUGGUCCCACCUGCUCUCCCAGCCGUGCCCCCAGCAGUCUGGGACCGGAUCUGGCUCCAGCCCGGAGAGGAUGAAGGCUCCACUAAACUCCCAUCUCAGCCUCGGGACCAGCUCAGUGCCCCCGGGGCACACCCGCCCGCGGGACGGAAUCCCUCUGGAGCCUCCAUGGACUUCUCAGAGCCUCACCCCAGCCAGGAGGGUGGUGGCCGUUAAACCCCAGAGAGAGGCUGGGGGUGAAGCCUCAGCCAGAACGAGCACUGCCCGCGUCUGGGACCUUCCAAAGGCCCCAGGUGGCUGCCUGCACUCCCACACCGGGCGAGGACUUGGCCGGAGCUCGGAGCCCGCGUUCCCAUGGGGGCUCCCUUGGGUUCGGGCCGGGGCCGGCCGGGUGCUGGGGGGCUGCAGCCGAGGCAGAGGCCCGAGCCGCCUCUCGGCCUCUGGAGGGGCCAGCCUGGUGUCCGGCGGGAGCGCCUGGAGUCUGAAGGAGGAGCAGGUGAGGCAGUGGGCGGCCGAGACGCUGCUGGCCCUGGAGGCGCUGCACCAGCAAGGGGUGCUGUGCCGGGACCUCAAUCCCCGGAAUCUGCUCCUGGACCAGGCCGGCCACAUCCGGCUCACGUAUUUUGGCCAGUGGUCAGAGGUGGAGCCCCAGUGCUGCAGGGAGGCUUCGCACAACCUCUACAGUGCCCCAGAGGUCGGUGGGAUUUCGGAGCUGACCGAAGCCUGCGACUGGUGGAGCUUUGGGUCUCUCCUGUAUGAACUGCUGACUGGGACGGCGCUGUCCCAGAGCCACCCCUCAGGAAUCCAGCCCCACACCCAGCUGCAGCUGCCCGAGUGGCUCAGUGGCCCGGCGGCAUCCCUGCUGACUGAGCUGCUGCAGUUCGACCCGGCCCGGCGCCUGGGCGCUGGAGGAGGCGGCGUCCAUGAACUCAAGGCCCACCCAUUUUUCAGUUCCAUCCAGUGGAGCAAACUGGGGGGGUAGGAGGGCGUGGCGUCAGCGACGGGAGCGGCUGGACUGGCCUGGAUCUCCUCUCGUCUCUUUGCCUGCCACUUCCCAGCAGUGGCCCUCGGGCAAAGAACGCAAGGCAGCUUGCCUUUCCUGGUCAGGACUCCACCCUUGGGCCUCAGAAGUCUCAUCACCACUGACCAGGAAGGGCCUUGUGGACUCCCCCAGCCACCUCUUGGAGAAAUGCUUUCUAGUCGGUGCUGAGGGGCAGACAUCUCAGCCUGUUAGGCAGCUUGAACGUCUCCACCUGUCCACCCUCCACCCAUCAGUCAACAGUCACCUGCUGUGUCUACACCCUGUACCUUGAACUGGGACCUGCCCUGUUAAAAGGUGCCUUCCUUGGCAUUAGCUCUGAGCUACUGACCACCUGCUGAGCCGAGAAAUCUUGACUCAUGAUCUGCCAUGUGCCCCACUCAGGGGGUCUCUGGAGACUCAUCUCAGGUUACUAGUCCCCUGGCUUCCUGGCUCCAAACCAGGGCUGUCCUAGCUCGUCAUCUUAGCCACGCAACUCGUGUGCCCCUUCUACCAAAGGCUACUUCCCCAGGGGGUGGGGGAGGCAGGGAAGCAAGGAAGAAGUCUGUAGCGGAUAUGGGGUGGAGCGGGGAGAGGCGGGGGGGGGACAGGACAACCCACCCCCUCCUGACCAUGCUGCUUAUCUUGUAAUUACAGACCUUUGAGAGCAAAAGGAAAGGAGGGGAGGAAAAUAAGGAUAAGGAGGGAGGGGGAGAAAGAGGGGAAGGCACAGCUCUGCCACUUACAGAAGCUUUAUAAACAGAAUAAAGGGCUCCCUUCCCCAGCUAGCCCACCCACGUGGAGAGAAAGCAAACCCUGGCCUGUGGGUCUGAGCUGGGAGACCACAAAACCGACUCCAGCCUGAAGCCACUUGAGGGAAAGUUGUCUCCACUCGGGUUCCCUUCUUGGACAUUUGUCCUGUUUACCAUCUUGCAUUUCAGUGUUGAGGGUCCACUCAAUCCACUGCCCACUGUGACUUCAUUUCCUUUUGAAAUGAAACCACGCAACACCCAGAAUGAUUGCCCAAGCUUCUAGCCGGAAGCAAGAAGUUUCUGGUCUCUGAAGAGCUAGGAUAAGUAGUUACCCCCAAAGAUAAUUCCCUCCCCAGAUUUGGGGGCCCUCUUCUUCCUCUUAGGACUCACCCUGUCACUGGGGUGUGGCAUCCAAGACAGAAACUUCCAUUGACCUCUGCCCUCAACUCCUUCUCGCCUGAGUCUCCAUCACCACCAGGGGGACACCACCCUCCAGUCCUGGCUGUGAAGGGCUGGGGACCGGUGUUGUGGGGAGGUCCUUGGGAUGAGCCUGAGGCAAAGGACACAGGGAGGUGCUGGCUCUCCCUGGGGCUUGCCCACCCCUUCCACCCCCACUCCAAUAAAGCUUCCUCUUACCUCUG